GCAGUAAUAAAUUUCCUGGUAGUAAUGUUCCACCAACUGAUGAAGAAAAGGCAAGGUUUUUAUCAAAACUGUCUAAAUUGGACAAAAAAUCCAUUGUUUUGCAUACAUUCUCUGAUUUUUAUAAACCAUUCGUGCCAAUAUAUGAACCACCUAGAAGAGCCAAGUUACCAAAGUCAUUGAGAACGCUAUUUAGCAGUAACAACAUUGAUAAAGAUGGUGACGAGUUACAACAAAUGUCAAGAGAUAUUUAUAAUAACAUGACUUUGUCAGCAGAGGUUGUUGAUUACAUUUACAACUCAAGUACGAAACAAUCAAAAAGUUUUAUUUGGCAUGAGAUACGUGUUGGCAGAAUUACUGCAUCAAAAGUAUAUGAUGUUCUCCACACUAACUUGGAAACUCCAUCAGAGUCCCUAAUCAAAAGGAUUUGUAAAAUUUCAUCUGUUGUAUCCACCACUGUAUCCUCUUUACGUUGGGGCCUUGACCAUGAGAAACAUGCUGUCGCUGAUUUUUUAAAACGUAGUAACCAUUUAAAUGCAAAGAUUGUUGAUUGUGGGUUGAAACUUGUACCAGAACGGACGUAUAUUGGGGCUACACCUGAUGGAAUAUUCACAUGUGAUUGUCAUAAGGAAGAAAAGUUAAUUGAAAUCAAGUGCCCGUACAGUUAUCGCAACAUUGUUUCCUUCGCUGCUGCUGUAUCUGACAACAAAUUUGUUAUGAAUUCUGAAGGAAAGUUGAAAAAAGAGCACAGGUAUUACUAUCAAGUACAGUUUCAAAUGUUUGUUUUCAAUUGCAAAAGCUGUUUUUUUAUUGUGUGGACUCCACAUUGGUUACAUGCUGUUGAGGUUUUGUUUGAUGUGAACUUCAUCAAUUUGAAUACGGACAAAGUUGAACAGUUUUAUCUCCGACACAUUAUACCAGAGUUAUUGACAAGAAGACUAGAGCGUAAAGUUGUUAAAGCUCCACCUCCUCCUCCUCAAGCAAAUGCAAGUGAAAAAUUGUAUUGUCUCUGUCAGACACCCAUCGUACUUCUGUUGUUGGUGUGCAGAAAUUAUCGUCGACUGCUUCGGGAACCAGUCCCAAAUUGUUCUAUGAUAUAAAACAUGUUGGCACGAUUUCAUUGAACUAAUUUUGACCCAACAAUUCACAAUUUCAAGCGUCAUUCAAACGUGAUUUGCAUGUGAAGAUUUGUUGACAGAAGCGGUUAAAAAAAAGGUGGAACAAUGAUGAAACAGAAGAGCUUGCUGAUUUGCUCGAUUACCACUUUUCGUUGGAUGCGUUUGAAAUAAGAAUAUAUUCAUUAAAUACAGAUUAUGAAUUGAAAUAAAAAAAUACUUGUAAUAGCCUAAUUUGUAAAGUAUUUUUAUAUAAUUCAGAUUGACUUUCAUGGUAAAAAAAUCUCACGAUUAGGGAUUGGUCUAGUCUGAAAUGUCUAAAAAUGUGUAAAUUGUUAUCUUUUUCGUUUAACAUAUAUAUAACUGUACAAUUUUUUUUCAUUUGCAAUCAGUUGCUAGUCUAACAACAACAACAACAAUAAUGAUAAAUAUUUAAAGUGUUUCUAGCCCAGAAAAUCACAAAAACCAAUUGUGAGUGGAUUAUUUCCAUUGGGGUCCACUGAGUCUGAGUGAAGCUAGCUUUCUCAGAUUUACGUUUAGUUUUAGCAGGCUUCUAGAAAACUAAUCAAGACCAACGUUAGAGGUAGCUAAGGUUACAGAUCAGAUGAAUUAUUAUUUUCCUUUUAAAAUUUAAUUUUGAAGUAUAAUAUCGUUGUUCUUUGUUUAUUAGCGUCCAUUUUACAUUUCUAAUAGUUGUCAACCAUUUUUUUUUGUGAAAACGAAAGUGAAAUGUAUGGUGUAGAAAAGCUCAAAAUUUUAGUAGUAAAAAAAGUGGCAGCUACUAACUUA